UUUGUCUCCACCCUCUUCCUCUUUGGUUUCAGAAAGCACAGAGUUCAUGUAGUGUUUUUGUGUGUGUUGAUUGUGUUGUAAUGGGGUCUGUUCUGAGGAUUUUAGACCUGAACUCUGUGGUUCUGGCUUUAGUUCUGGGUUUGAUCUUUCUGGUUCUGUUUGAGAUCAUGAGGAUUCAUGUCUCCAGAGGCAGAACUCCACCUGGACCCAGACCUUUCCCUUUUGUGGGAACUAUACCACAUGUCAUAAUGGACCCGGUGGGAUGUGUCAGAUCGUUUCAUCGGUAUGGAGAGAUGGCCACCAUGUUCCUGGGAAGACAGCCCAUGAUAACGUUGAACACACUCCAGAUCACCAAAGAAGCUCUGGUCCAGGAGGCUUCAACUUUCUCUGGAAGACCAACGUUACCUAUUAUAGAAUGGAUGACUAACGGAUUUGGUAUAAUAAUGGCCACAUUUGGUCACUCGUGGAGGCAGCAGAGAAGGUUUGCUCUCCACACGCUCAGGAACUUUGGCCUUGGGCAGAGAUCCCUGGAAGAACGUGUUUUAGAAGAAGGACGUUACCUGAUUGCUGAGAUGCUCAAAGCAGAAGGAACGGCAUUUGACCCCCAACACGUCGUACAGAAUGCAGUUUCCAACAUAAUCUGUUCCAUCGUGUUUGGAGAUCGCUUCGAAUAUGACAACAAGCGCUUUGCGUAUCUUCUGAAAAUCCUCAAUGAAAACUUCAUGCUGAUGGCGGCUGCUGUGGGGCAAAUUUUCAGCUUAAUUCCCUUCAUCAAGCACUUCCCUGGACCGCACCAGAAGAUCCUCCGGAAUGUCGAUGAGUUACUGGGUUUCAUUCGUGAUGAAGUAAAAGAACACAGACAAACUUUUGAUCCGGAAAAUCCACGAGACUUCAUCGAUGCCUACCUGCUGGAGAUUGAGAAACAAAAGUCUCGUGAGGACUCCACAUUUCACGAGGAGAACAUGGUCAUGUCAGCAGCUGACCUUUUCUUGGCAGGAACGGACACAACAGCGACCACCAUCAGAUGGGGACUCAUCUUCUUGAUGGAAAACCCAGCAGUACAAGAGCGAUGUCAUGAGGAGAUUGUUCAGGUGUUGGGUUAUGACCGUCUGCCCAGCAUGGAUGACCGUGAAAAACUUCCAUACACAUACGCCACUGUUCAUGAGAUUCAGCGCUGUGCUAACAUUGUACCUUUUGGUGUCGUUCAUGCAACCACACAACCAACCAAACUAAGAGGAUACGACAUUCCCAAGGGAACUAUGAUCAUGACAAACUUUACUAGAAUUUUAAGUGAUGAGGAGCACUGGAAGAGUCCGGACACGUUCAACCCUGAGAAUUUCUUAGAUGAGAACGGACAUUUCUAUAAACCUGAGGCGUUUAUCGCUUUCUCACUCGGUCCAAGGGCAUGUCUUGGUGAGACUCUGGCAAAGACGGAGCUCUUCCUUUUCAUCACGUCUCUGCUACAGCGGAUACAUUUCUCCUGGCCGCCGAACUCACAGUGUCCACACAUGGAUGGAAUCAUUGGUGCACUGAGAUACCCUCACCCCUACAAAAUCACCUGCAGUAGCAGAGAUGCCAAAGACUGACUGUCAGUGACCCACAGCUGAAGAACAACAGAUUUUAUUGAAUGCUCGGUAUUUCCCUCAUUUAUCCUCUUGGGGCGCUCAUGCAUUAACAAUGGUAUGACUCAAUUAAGCGGUGCUCAUGUUUAUUUUUACAUUAUUUCUAGAGAGUGAUGCUGAAAAUGUUCACUAACAUAGUAUGUAAACAUUUUAUAUCCCCCCACCUCUUGUUUGACGUCCUUUGACAAAGCUUUGUUUUGGGGAUCUGAUCUGUCUUUUAGAUGUAGAUUUUAAGGAAAGAUUGUGUACACUUAUACAAUGAAGACUAAAGCUCGUGUUUAACGAAAAAUAAAAGAUGUUUUAUUUUGUGCCUUAGGUUUAUUUAUCAUCUGUUUGAUCUUGUAGCAGAGAUGAGAAACCUACCAAACUUUCUUUAGUAGAAGUACUUAAUGUGUAAGAAAAUUUAAAGUGGGUAUCAAGGUUGGAUUGUGAAUUGUCAUCUACAGUAAUAAAUCAUCUUGGGUGAAAUUGUGAGAAAGCCAUAGGCCGCCCUCUUGUGUUCAUUUCAUGUAUUGCAUAUGAAGAUCAACCUAA